UCUGCUGGUGUAUGUAAGGACUCCCAUUCUCGGGGUGGUAUUAAAGACAUGCACUGAUCUUGCAUGCUCAAUACUCAGUGAGACUGGUUAAGAGGAAAUGACAACCAUGUUCAAGCUUAAGGGAAGGAGGCGAAGCCUUUUCCCAAAUUACAAGCUUGGGGCCACAGCGCUUUCUCAGAGCGAUCCAGUGGCGGAGGAUGAGCUGCCAUUUGCCCAGCAAAACUGGCUGAAGCCAUGGAAUUCAAUGCAGGAACUCAGCCGAGAUAUCUAUAACCUCGAGGAAGAGUAUGACGAUGAAGAUGACAAGGUUUUACCAGCCCCUCAAAAGAUAUCGUCUCCAGCUAAAAACUACAUGCUGAACAUCAAUGUAGGUGGUAAGGUUUACCAGAUAGCUUACAGGGUGGCUGCCAAGUAUCCCAAAACCAGAAUUGGUCGUCUUGCCACCUACACAGACCACAACAGAAAGCUUGACCUCUGCGAUGACUACAUUGUCCAGAAUAACGAAUUUUUCUUUGACCGAGAUCCUGAUGUCUUUCACAUCAUCUUCAAUUUCUACCGGACUGGGGUUCUCUGGAUUAAAGAUGAGUUGUGUCCUCGCAACUUCUUAGAGGAAAUCAACUACUGGGGCGUCCGAAUCAAGAACACUCACCGCUGUUGCCGCAUCUCGUUUGAAGAACGACAAGACGAGUUGAACGAGCAGCUGAAAGUGCAGCGUGAGCUCCAAGCUGAAAUCGAGGUGGAGGAAAACGAAGAGCUGUUCAGAGGAAUGGCUUUCGGGCAUACACGUCGCAAAAUAUGGAACCUGAUGGAGAAACCUUUCUCUUCAGUCACAGCCAAACUUAUGGCUGUAGCUUCCAGUUUGUUUGUGUUGGUGUCUCUGGUGGCUAUGACCCUUAACACAGUGGAGGAGAUGCAGUACACGAUGCCAAGUGGCCAGCUUAGUGGGAAAACCUAUGCUGAGUAUGUGGAAACCUUCUGCAUUGCAUUCUUUACAAUGGAGUACCUUCUCCGGCUUGUGUCUACGCCAGAUCUCAGACGUUUUGGGAGGAGUAUGCUGAAUGCUGUGGACCUGAUCGCCAUCCUCCCACUGUACCUCCAGAUGAUCCUGGAGUGCUUUGAAGACGAGGACAUUGAGAAGCAUGGCAGCGACAUCGAGACGGUUGGACGGGUUGGGAAAUUGGGACAGGUGCUGCGUAUCAUGCGUCUCAUGAGGAUCUUCCGCAUUCUGAAAUUGGCCCGACAUUCCACUGGACUGCGAGCCUUCGGCUUCACUCUCCGCCAAUGCUAUCAGCAAGUCGGCUGCCUUUUCCUUUUCAUCGCAAUGGGAAUUUUCACCUUCUCUGCCAUGGUGUACACUGUAGAGCAUGAUGUCCACCAGACUAACUUUACUAGCAUACCUCACGCAUGGUGGUGGGCAGCUGUGAGUAUUUCCACAGUGGGCUACGGUGACAUGUUUCCAGAGACGGCCCUGGGUAGAAUUUUUGCAUUUGCCUGCAUCUCGUUCGGCAUCAUUCUGAACGGCAUGCCCAUCUCCAUCUUAUACAACAAGUUCUCAGACUAUUACUCCAAGCUGAAAUCCCACGAGUAUACCUCCAGUGUGAAGGCACGUGGCAAGGUCAGGUUUGCCAAAAGAGCUGUUAAGAAGUUUGUAGAGUGCUGUGAGGAAGGCUGACAUCAAGAGGUCCUGACUAGAGCUGUUCUACAAUGAAUCAUUCAAAAAUUGUGAAUUUUUUACUACACCAGCAAGAAGCGUGGUUCUUCAGCUGUGGACAUGGUAAAAUAAAAUCCCACCACCAAUGGAAAUCUCAUUUUUGUACUGUGAGGCACGAUUGUUACUGCAAUC